GGCAAAAGGAGUUUGUGUGGUGAGGUGUGUGCAUGUGCUGCCACACGCGCAGCGCAGCCCUGCCGGCUGUCACCCAGAUCAGAAGAUAGCUAGUCAGGGACAGAGGGAGGCGAUCAAGACGCAGGCUCCUCACGAUAUAUAUAUAUAUACUCUUACAUGGGAGCAUCAUCGCCCAUCCCCGCGGAGAGGCACUGAGGCAGUGGAGGCCAUCCCUUUAGGUACGUAGCGGCCGGAGCGCGCGAGAGCAAAGACGAUCCGCCGCCGAUGGGUCUCCCACCGACGCUGCUUAUCCUUCUAUGUCUGCUGGUGCUUACGGUGCUGCUGAUGACGCCGGCUGCAGAGGCAGCGCGCAAGCACAGUCACAGGGCCGCCGGCGAUCAUAGUACUGAUGAUACUAGCAUCGGCAGCGGCGUCGGCGGCGGCAGCAACGGGUCGUUUGCUUCGCCAUCGCCAACAACGGCCCAGCAGCAGCAGCUGUGGGUGUUUGGUGACUCGUACGCGGACACCGGGAACCUCGGCGACCUCGGGCGGGAGCUGACGCACGCGUGGUACGACCCCUACGGCGCCACCUUCCCAGGACGCCCCACCGGCCGCUUCUCCGACGGCCGCGUCCUCACCGACUUCAUAGCUUCGGCCAUGAGAAUGCCAACGCCGGUGGCGUACAAGCUGCGCCGGGGCGCUGCCCGCAGGCUGUUGGCGCGCGGCAUGAACUUCGCCGUUGGCGGCGCGGGCGUCCUUGACACCGGCAACUUCCAGCGCAAUAUCAGCGCGCAGAUCGACCUGUUCCAGGCGCAGCAGCAGCACCCUGUGGCGGCAGCAGCCCACGGCAACGGGGUGGCGCUCGUCGUCGUCUCCGGCAACGAUUACUCCUACGCCGCCGACAAGGACAACAGCACAAGCGCCGCGAUCGCGUACAUCCCGACGGUGGUGCGCGAGCUCGGGGAGCAGCUCCGGCGGCUGCGCGACGACGUCGGGAUGCGCAGGGUGGUGGUCACCAACCUGCACCCGCUGGGGUGCACGCCGCUCUUCACCCAGGCGCUCAACUACAGCGGCUGCGACCCGCUGGCCAACGCGGGAGCCGCGCAGCACAACGCGGCGCUCCAGUCCGUGCUCGCCGCGCUCGACCCGGCCAACCGCACCUUCCUCCUCCUCGACCUCAACGCGCCCUUCGCGGCUUUCGCCGACGCGCCAGCGGCGGCAAGCAGGUUCGCUGAGCCGAGGCGCCCGUGCUGCGAGACCGCCGCCGGCGGAUACUGCGGCCAGCAGGACGACGACGGGAGGAGGCAGUACGCGCUGUGCGACGACCCCAGCAAACACUUCUACUGGGACAACGUCCACCCCACGCAGGCCGCCUGGGCCGCAGUCGCCGAGACAUUCAGGCCCAAGAUCCGCGAGUUCCUACUCUCCAGUUGAUCGUUUGAUCGAUCACUUCCAACCUUUUUGAGAUUCUGUUUACACAUAUAAAAGCUGCUCUAUCUAAAGGAUCACUCAAAUUAAAGCUAACCAGAUGUUUAUGCUCUGCCCGCCCGAUUAUGCUUACUGAAAUGAUCAUGUUGCUGUUCCUCUAAAAAAA